UAAUUUAAAAAAAAAAAAAAUUUCCCUUCAACUCAAUGCAAAAAGCUUGGAAAAAAAACUCAAUGCGAAAAGAGAACUCAAGUCUGCCGCAUUAAUAAAUCCGGCCCCUUUGGGGCAUCGACGAACUCCUCAGAGGAGCUAAGGAGAGAGAGAUCCUCCAUCGGCACAGACCGAGUCUCAUAAUUCAAUAACUUAUAGGAUUUUAGUUAAAAUCACUUUGAUCAGGUCAGUCAUCAAUAUUACCUUCUUUCUAUUCUGUUUUUUGCUCUGUUUAUAUGAUAUUUUUCCUCAAACAAAGUAGUAGCGGUAACUGCGAUGCUCCAUCCAUUGACACUUUCGAAGAGAAUUCCCAGAUGGGUCAUUCUAAAAGUAUACCUUUCUUCAGUUUCCUGCACUAAUAGCAUCCAAAUUAACCCAGAAAUUGAUCAGAACUUACCUAACCCCAUGGAUUUCGAAUCAAAAAUUCAAUUUUUGAGGAAUAAGCUGUUCCCGGAUGGCUUAAUCAAGGUCUUGCAGAGCACUAGUGAUAUAAACUCUUCUGUUAAUGUAUUCAAAUGGGCUUCCCUUCAGAAACGUUUUCAUCACACUUCAGAUACAUAUUACUGGAUAAUUUUGAAGCUGGGUAUGGCUGGCUAUGUCGAGGAAAUGAACGGUUUUUGUCAAAAUUUGGUAAAGGAUGCAUUCCCAGGCGUAGAACGUACUCUUGUUUCAUUAAUCGAAUCAUUUGUUAGACAUUGCAGGCUAAGUGAAGCGAUAUGCGUUCUUGUUAACAUGAGUUUGGGUGGUUAUAAGCCUUCCAUUAAUGUAUACAAUAUUGUUUUCGGAGCUCUUGUAGAGGAGAGGAGAGGCUUGCAAGAUGUAGUGUUCGUUUACAAAGAAAUGGUGAAGACUGGAGUUGUACCUAAUGUUGAUACUUUGAAUUAUCUGUUGGAGGUUUUGUUUGAGUGCAAAAGGGUUGAUUCUGCUUUUGAUCAAUAUAGGAGAAUGGAUAAGAAAAGAUGUAAUCCUAAUAGUAGGACUUUUGAGAUAGUUAUGAAAGGUCUUAUUGUUAAUAAUCAAGUUGAUGACUCCAUUAUCAUUUUGGAUGAGAUGCUAGAACACAGGUGCUCGCCAGAAUUGAGUUUCUAUACAUGUAUAAUACCUUUGUUUUGCAAAGAACAUAAACUGGAAGAGGCAAUUAGGUUGUUUAGAAUGAUGCGGACUGCUAAUCUUGUUCCAAGUUCAUUUAUUUAUGAGGCACUGAUACACUGUUUUUGCAAAAACCUUCAGUUAGAUGAUGCGAUAAACCUUAUUGAAGAGAUGAUGGAAAGUUGUUUGACACCAGGUAAUGAUGUUCUUGUGGAUGUUGUAAAUGUGUUUUGUAAAUUAGGAAAGAUAGCUGAGGCUGUGAAGUUCUUGGAAGAUAAACAUGUUCUUGAAACUUCUCCAUAUAAUGCAUUGCUUGGAGGUUGUUGUGAUGCUUGUAAAUUCUCUGUGGCUAAGGAUCUACUUGAGACAAUGCACAAGAAGAGUAUAGCUAAUUCUGAUUCUUGGAAUAUUCUAAUCAGAUGGCUUUGUGAGAAGGCAGAAAUCAGGAAGUCUCAUGAACUUAUUGGGAGAAUGAUCAUAUCUUCAUUGGUUCCUAAUUUUGCCACAUACUCAGCUCUUAUCCUUGGUUACUGUAGGUUAAGCAAGAUUGAAGAUGCUCUAGAACUAUUCCUGCAAUUCUGUGCCAAAUGCUGGGUUUUAGAUUCCAUUGCUUACUCUGAGCUAAUUGAAAGCCUCUGUAGGGCGGAAAAGCUUCUAGAGGCUACUGAAGUGUUUCACUACAUGUUUGCGAGUGGAUGUUCGCUUCAACCUUUCUCACUAAAUAUGCUGAUCAAAGGUUUAUGUGACAAGGGAAUGGUUAAUGAAGCUGUCAGGCUACAGCAGAUGGCUUAUGAUUCCAGCACCUCUUGUGCUAAUGCCCCUUACAGUUAUAUUCUGCUCGGCCUGUCUAAAUCAGACAACGGAAGAAAUAUUCUAGCAUUUCUCUCACAAAUGCUGGUUAAAGGCUGCAAUAUUGAUGCAGGAGCAUAUAGCAUUCUGAUACAAAGCAUGAUUGCACAGAAUCGAAUAAAGGACUCUGCUUUAUUUUUCAAUAUCAUGGUUAAAGAGGGUUUAAUACCUGAUUCAGACAUACUGCAUGAUCUAUUCUCAUGUUUGGCCAAUCAUUCACAGUUGCAUUUGAUUUUAACUACAAUUGACAAUCUUGUUCCUGAUUCUCAAGUUCUCGAUUCAGCAAUGUACAACAUACUAGUUAAUGGUCUCUGGAAAGAGGGCCAUAAAGAUGAAGCCUGUCGAUUAUUGGAUUUGAUGUUGGAGAAGGGCUGGGUCCCAGAUUCUUGUACUCAUAGAUUGUUGAUUGGAUCUGUCAAUGGGGUGGAAAACGAACAGAAAAUGUUAGCAUCUGAUAACUUUACAAUCGAAGAUAAUGUUCUUGACAUACUUGCUGAGGGCUUGGGGGAAAACAUGAAUGUGUCCACUCCCAAGAUGCAUUUUGAUCAAUAGAUCACUUGAUUUGUUGUGGCACUCUCUGCUGCUGAUCUUAAAGAUAUCAGGUCUUGUCUCAACUUUCCCAUCUCACAAGGAUUUGGAAUUGUUUCCUUAAAUUCCUAUUUGUGGAUGUUAUGAACAAAAUGUACAAAGCGUAGAUGCAUAAUGUACUAGUCCUUUUGGAUUUUACAUGCCCAAUUAAUCAAAA